AUGAAUCUGGCACAUCUGCCAGAUGUGUUCAGCAGAUUUCGAAGUACCUGCCUCCUACGUCCAGAUGUGUUCAGCAGAUUUCGAAGUACAGUCCUCCUACGUCCAGAUGUGUUCAGCAGAUUUCGAAGUACCGUCCUCCUACGUCCAGAUGUGUUCAGUAGAUUUCGAAGUACCUACCUCCUACGUCCAGAUGUGUUCAGCAGAUUUCGAAGUACCGUCCUCCUACGUCCAGAUUUGUUCAGCAGAUUUCGAAUUACCAUCCUCCUACGUCCAGAUGUGUUCAGCAGAUUUCGAAGUACCGUCCUCCUACGUCCAGAUGUGUUCAGCAGAUUUCGUAGUACCGUCCUCCUACAUCCAGAUAUGUUCAGCAGAUUUCGUAGUACCGUCCUCCUACGUCCAGAUGUGUUCAGCAGAUUUCGAAGUACCGUCUGUGUUCAACAGAUUUCGAAGUACCGUCCUCCUACGUCCAGAUGUGUUUAG